AUGCGGGUGGGAAAAAAACGUGUGGGGGAGGAUGACGCCACGGCUACCGAAGCCUGCAGCUGCCACCCCAAGGAGCGCCCUUCUCCUGAGGGUGCCGGAGGGUCCAGGGGCGACCCACAUAGGACUAUGUGUAAGAGAGCCGGCGGCGUGCCAUCGGCCAAGGCUCUCUCUAGAUCGCUAGAGGACCACCUCAGCGAUAUUUCCUCUGGAGGGGACUCUUACAGAGCCGCAAUGUCGGGGAGUCCGGGCUUUGGGAGGUUUGAUGGGAAAGUUGCGCGCUGUGAAAAGUGCUCAGCGACCCUUGUUGCUUUGAAGAAGCAAGCUCUGAGCCUGGCUGUUCACCAUCAACUCUCCUCCAAGGACUCAAGUGCUGUCUCAGUGUUUCUUCACGACAACCUCCGUGUCCACAGCAGUCGGUCUACACUUGAGUGCAGGGACAGAGAUGGGGAGCAGGGGGAGUGUGGUGUCUGUGGUGUAAACCUGAACCAGCUCAAACAAGAAGCCAUCCACCUGGCUCUAAGCAGGCAUCACGCCAGCUGGGCCAGUCUGUCAUCCUCUAAAACCCCCUCUGGCUCCAGUUUCACCUCUGGGACUCUGCUAAAACAAGGUGUGUCAAAGUGUGGAGACAAGGCACCGAGGGAGGCCGCUGCUAACACCGUGCAUCAACCACGCAGCCGAACUCACAGCCCUCACAGCCCGCGAAGCCCCAGGACACCUCAGAGGACCCCUCAGACCCCCAGAAGGAGGGGCCCCAAGAUUCCAAACCCUGACAUGGACCGCUGGGUAGAAGAGCAGAAGCAGCUGGUCGCAUCUGCAUCUAAAACUGUGUCAGGAACCGGUGGUAAUGGUGUCACUGUCUCCCCCUACCAUCAGACUGCAGAAGAUGCCACGCUGGGUUGUGGUGAUGCUGGGACGGUGCAGACCGGCCCAAAGAUCCCCCACAUUUCCAGAGUCGUGACCAUCGCCAACUCUGCUGCCAUGUCCUUUUUGGCCAGGGCGGCCCAGAAGCUGAACCUGACAUCCAGGAAGAAAGGCCUCGUUUCUGAUUCAGCCCCGUCUCAUCUCUCCACCUGCUUCAGAGGAAUCAUCCAGAAAAACCCACCGCCAGUUCCUUCCAGCCUCCUCCAAGCCGCUGCCAGAACCAAAGACUCACCCAACACUGGCAAGGUCAAAGUGGUGCUGAGGGUGAGCCCCUCUCCCUCAGAGAGCCGCACCCACCCACCUGUGCUCCGAAUCGACCCAUCCAAGAGAAGAGUCGUUGUAAUGGAAUCAGCCUGCAAGAGCCAACCACAUGCAACACUGAUGCGAGGUGGCGAUGGCAAAGCUCUUCUUAAGACGUACACCUUUGAUGCAGCCUAUCCACGAGAAACAACCCAGACCGAGGUGUGCGCAGACGUCUUGGCUGAUGUCAUCCGCUGUGUGGUCAGCGGCAGCGAUGGAUGUGUGCUGGGAUUGGGAUGCGCUGAUGUGGGCUCUUGGUCGAGCAUGGUGGGGAGUGAUGAGAGCUUCCAGAGGCUGGGGCUGAUCCCCUGUGCCAUCUCCUGGCUGUACAGUGCCGUGGAGCGCAGGAAGGAGAAGACCUGGACUGAUCUGACUGUUUCAGUCUCUGCUAUCGAGCUCUGCUGUGGAGAGGACGAGACGCUGAGGGAUCUGCUGGCUGAGGCCGUCCCCUCAUUAGGCAGCGUCCAGGACAGCCCAGCCGCCCAGAUUAGCCUCCAAGAGGACCCCGUCUAUGGGAUACAGCUUCGUAACCUCAACAGGGUCAAGGCCCCCACUGCAGAGCGGGCUGCCUCUCUCCUGGAUGCUGCCAUUACAGCACGUCGCCAUGGUGACAUCAUUAUGCCACUGUCCCACAGCUCCAUUAUGUUCUUCACUCUCCACGUCCAGCCCCCCCGCACGGAGAGCAGCACCAUCAGCAAAGUUUCCCGUGGACCUUCCAGAUUGACCAUGAUAGAUGUUUGCCGCAGUAUGAAGGGGAUUACUGACUCAAACAACAGCAAAAGCAAACUCCCUCAUUCUGAAUUGGGCCCUGUUAUCCUGUCUUUACUGAGUGGACAUAAAAAUAUCCCCAACAAGGGUAGUAAGUUGUCAAUGCUCCUUCGACAGACCCUGGGUCACGUAAAUGGUCAGGUAGCAGUGAUUGCUCAGGUUUCGGAUUCACCAACACACCUCCAAGAGGCCUUAUUUACAAUCCAACUGGCUUCUCGUAUCCGCAGGACACAGAAGAGGACAAAGCAGUCCACUUCAUGCUCUCCGAGCGGCAGGAGUUUGAGCAAAGAGAGGAGAGGGACUCCAUCUCUUUCCCUGCGGGCGUUCCACUCUACUGGUGAGGUAGAUGUCGACAUUCCUCGUAUUCGUCUAUGUGGUGAGCUCGAUGAGCGCUCCAGCAGUGACCAGUCCUGUGACACAGUCAUUCACAUAGACUCAGAUGGCUCAGUCCAGGCCAAAGCCGCUCCAACGCUGGCCCUGCCUGAAUUUGUCCCCAUCAUCCCCUCUCUGAACCGUAGCAAGCCUGACAUGGAUGACCCAGAGUUCACUGCUCUUCUUCAGGAGCUUCUGAGCAUUCCCCAACUGCAGGAAGAUAAGAAGAAAGAAGAAUCUGUUCAAGGGAAGCUUGAGGCGCAGAAAGCAGAUGCGAAACAGCCAGAAAGGGACUGUCUCAAAUGUGACACGUUUGCCGAACUUCAAGAGCGCCUGGGUUGUAUUGAUGGUAGUGAGGUUGCAACUGAUGUGCCCAAACUCUCCUCAAAGGGCUCUCCUGCUAACAAAAUGACAACCAAACCACAACCUCAGAAGGACUCAGGGAAACAGACUGACACUGAAGCACAGCAGACGCUGCUGUUAAAUCAGGAGUUAAGCUUCAAUCAGACUUCUGUUGGAGAAAAGAAAGCAGAUGGCACCUUCCCUGGAGACAGUUUUCAGAGAGAGGACUCAGGUCUGUAUGACUGCGAGGAUGGCAGUGCCGCCAGCUCUAGUGAAGAACCGCUGAAUCAAACUCAAAGUCUAAACAUGAUCUGUCAAGACAGUCUCUCUGAGGUCUCCAACACUAGACCUCCUCAGUUGCCUGUGUCUCUUCAGGACUGUGAUGUGGAUGAUCAGAGCAAUUCACUUACUCUCACAGUUCAGCCCACAGGAAGUAAGGGGAGUCCCAAAGAUGGUGAUGAAUCCCAACCAGAAAGACGGACCUCACCAGUUGGCAAGAGUUCACCAAUUUCUCCCUCCCUCUUCACCCCCACCUCUUCCUGCUCCUCUUCACCCUCCAUGGCAACCAGUGUUAUACUUGGGGAUAUCUUACCUCAUCUCCCCACAGAGGAAGUCAAAGAGAUGAAGGCAACCAUCACAGUAACUGUUAAACAGCCACUGGACCUGAAAGGUCAAGAUGAACUAGUCUUCUCUAUGGUGGAGGAAGUAACCAUCAGUGGAGCACUGGACAGAGGUAGGACGAAUGGCAACAUUAUUCAUUUUAGAGACACUGCCAAUUCACCAGCACAAGCUCAAGGUUCUGCCAGUUCCCAACCAAUCAGGAUCAUCAGCAAUGUCAGUGAAGAAUCUGCAGCUGCAGGAUGUGCUGAUUUGGGUAAAAACCCUGUAGGUCAGACUACAGAAGCUAUCACUCAAAAACCCCUUUAUCAACUCAGAGGGGAAAAGAGGUUUUUACCCUCAUUUAUAAAUCCCAUGCUCAUUAAUACAGAUGUGGAUGGUGAGAAGGAUGGUGCCAAACAAAGAGGGAAUCAUGAUGACAGUUUUAUAGGAAUAAACCCAUUGUCUGUGCCUACAAAGACUAAUACCAAUUGUUCUGAAGAUGCAAAAGCCCUUGAAGAGGAGAAUGGGGCUUUUGCUGUCCAAAAUGAUAAAAAGAAGUCUGACUGCAUAUCUGUGUCACCUUUACACCAGAUUUCCUAUGACACACCCGUCUUUGAAGAUGCUGCUUUGUACAAUGAAACCACAGAAAACAAAGCCUGUGGAAAGCGGCCCAGACACACAGACAGGAGCCACCCCAGAGGGAGGGAGCGUGUUUAUCCCAUUAACACUCCAAGGGGCUUGUCGGGGGGUGAAAUCGGUCGCAAACUUGUCGGGAAUGCCCCUGAGAGAAUUGCUGCUUCACCUGGUUGCCCAGCAACCAUUCCUGCCUCCUUCAAAACAACUAGUUUGCCCAGAGGCUGGCAUAAUGCCAACAGCCAGGAGAGCCACUGGGGCAAUAACACAGCAGACAAUCACAGAAACCCUGGAGGGGUGACAUCAUCCACCCCUUGCAGCCCAAGGGUCACCCUAGAGAAAAGGCAGGGCCGACAGCACUCCCCAGCCAACCGCAGCCCCUGCUUCUCCUCUCCUCGGAAAUACAGUAUGGAGUACAGGCAGGAAGCUAGUAGCCUAGCCAGAAAGGGUGCUGCAUCUUUGUUUGAAGCUUCAAGUCUAACAAAGAAACAUGAUAGUUUGAGUGGGAGUAUAAAGUCACCCAUUGAGGACAGCAGCAGACUUUUCAGUGCCAAACUAGAGCAGCUGGCGAGCAGGACUAAUUCCCUUGGGACGACCCCAGGGGACUUCCAAACUCUGGAUAGAGGCAGCAGUAGCACCUCAGUGAGCUCUAAGGGAAGCUCUAAGGGAAGCAUUGAGGGGAACUGUAAGGGGAGAUAUGAGGUGAAUUAUAAGGAGACUUAUCAGGGACAUUAUGAAGGAGAUUCUACCUUACCAAGGGCUAGCAGGAGUCCCAGGAGGACUCCUCGGCCUAUACCCAUGCCUGAGCAGAGCUAUCAUUUUACCACCUCUAACAAUCAGCCGUCUCAGUCACCCAAGUCUACCCAUUCCAAGCUCUCAGCUGUGGGGAAACUUAAGAUCGCUAGUCCAAAAGUCCGUCGGCUAUCUGCUCCCAGCACCAAGAACCUGAGCCUCUCCCAUAAAGGCCUACGACAGUCUAUUAACCGCAGUGCCAGUCUCUCUCCAGAUGGGAAGAUUGAGCGCACAUCCUCUUUUCUUUCCCUCUCCCCUCCAUGGUCUCUUAACUCCAUCAGCCGUACUCCAAGCCAGAGCUCCACAUAUUCAUCUAGGAAAUCUCCAAUUCAGGGGUUCAUGAGUGGUCGAAUCUCUGACCUACUGAAGGACAGGGAAACCAGCUCCACCUCAGGAGGCCUGGACAAAACACCCACUCAUUCUCUGGUGACAGUAGACAGGCUUUCUGGCCAUCCAUCAUCACUUAAUCAUCACCCGCUCCCCUCGCCAUACAGCCGGGUGACUGCUCCUCGGAUGCCCAGCCACAUGAGCGGGCACGCCAGUGAUGCCACCAGUGUGCUGAGCGGCGAGUUGCCUCCAGCGAUGGGGAAGACGUCGCUGCUUUUCCCAAACAGGAACAGUGUGGUGAGCAGUGGCUAUGAGAGCAUGGUGAGGGAUAGCGAGGCAACGGGAAGCAGCACUUCAAACAGAGAUUCUGUCAGCGACAGGAGCGGCUCUCUUCUCAGCAUCGCCCGCAGCAGCCGGACAUCCCGGAGGAGAGGCAACACAGGCCCCCACCAGCGUCGUCUUUCCCAUGAUGCAUCCCUGUCCAUGAGGCGCUCGGCCAGUGGUCUGCGGGCUCGCUGGGUGGACCGGGGCAUCCCAGAGGCGUACGAGAUCAAAGUCUAUGAGAUAGACAAUGUGGAGCGGAUGCAGACACGAGCAGGUGCUGGCAAACAGGGGCCCGCAUGCUUCAGUGCCAAGCUGAAGUUUUUGGAGCACCGUCAACAGAGGAUCGCAGAGGUUCGGGCCAAGUACAACAACCUGAGGCGAGAGCUGGAUCGCGCCAAGCAGGACCUCAUGCUAGAACCCGCCAAAUGGAACCAAGAGUUUGACCUGUGGCAGACUUUCGAGGUGGACUCCCUGGAGCACCUGGAGGCCCUCGAGGUGGUGACGGCUCGGCUGGAGAGCAAGGUCAACCUCUGCAAGGCCAACGUCAUGAUGGUCACCUGCUUUGAUGUAUCCAGCAAGCGGCGCCAGAAAAAGCGACGGCGAACCGCCCUAGAGCAGCGAGGGUUCCUGGGAAUUUGA